UAAGAAGAUGUAAAAAAAUUGUAAUGUGGAAUUGUUUUUCUCAAUAAGUAUUAAGUACUAGUUACAACUUGUUUUUCUGUUACUUUCUGAUAAAUUUAUGUUUUUUUAUUAGUUUAAAUUUAUACAUACGACAUAGUUCAAAGUCUAAAUGAAGAUGUUUUAUGCUUCUGUAUAGUUAUAACUUAUAAACGUUUUGACGAUAUUUGCUAUUGGUAUUAUCGAUACUUCUCCAUCAUGUUCAGCACGCCAAUUUCGUCGCCAGAAACACCAUCGUACACUUAUACUAUUGGUGGAGUUAAAGUCUUUAUGCCGGUCAGGCCGUAUCCAUCUCAGGUGUCGAUGAUGGAUAAGGUUAUUCGAGGCUGUCAAAAACAGCAAAAUUGUCUUUUGGAAAGCCCGACGGGUUCUGGAAAAACAUUAGCUUUACUGUGUUCAGCCUUGUCGUGGCAAAAAACCGAAAAAGAACGUUUGGAAAAAUUAUCUGAAAUAGAAUAUCAACAAAAGUUGAACGAAUGGCUACAGAAAGAACAAGAACCCAAACAAACAAAGGAAAAAAAGAAAAAAAGGCCGGUCGAAAAAGAAAAUAAACCAGAUGUUAAGUCGACGCCGGUCAAAAGUGACAAGUGUACGACGAUCGAUAUUACCGACGACGAUUCGGACGACGAGAUGGCUAUAUUCAAACAGCCGGAGAAAAAAAGAAAAAUGACGAAGGAACCAGAAAUUAAAAUGGAUGUAUCCGAUUCGGGUAAACUGAACGACUCGAUCAUGACCAACGACAGUAGUGCCAACAACAGUCUGAUGACCGAAGACGAGGAUGGUGAAAAUCAAGCGCAGAAAAACAUGCCGCCCAGAAAAACCAAGCCCAAGAUUCCGGUGAUAUUUUUCUGCACGAGGACCCACAAGCAGAUAUCGCAAAUCGUUAAAGAAUUAAAAAGAACUAACUUUAAUGACGUGAAGAGUUGCGUGUUAGCCAGUCGCGAGCACACGUGCAUUCAGGACAUCAACAUUUUGGCGCCAGAAAUCAAAUUCAAAACUAAGACCGAAAUGUGUAGAGAACUGCUGGAUCCAAAAGCGAGGAAUAGAAAUUCGUUGAAAUAUAGAAUAUCGGUCGACAAAUGUAGUUUUCACGACAACGGCGGAUUGAAAUUAGGCACUUACAACCAGUUGAGUGCGCACGGACUGUCUUCGGUGUGGGAUGUCGAAGAACUAGUCGAAAUGGGCAAAAAGCGGGUUUCGUGUCCGUAUUACGGUUCGCGUUUGCUGAUGAAAAACGCCGACAUUGUUUUCUGCCCUUACAACUAUGUCAUCGACCCGAUCAUCAGGGGCACGUUAGGACUGAAUCUCCAAGGGCACGUGCUCAUCGUGGACGAAGCUCACAACAUCGAGGACCAGUGCCGGGACGCGGCCAGCCUGCAGUUGGACCAGACCAAUUUGAACUUGGCGAAAAUGGACUGCGAGAAAAUGUCCGAACUGGGAUCGAACUCGGUGGAGUUCGCGGCAAUCGCCCAAUAUCUGUCCGACCUGUCUGUGUGGACGGACAAAAAGUCUGCCGGCAUCAAGUCGUACGACGACUACAACCGGGGCGUUAUCUCCUGGUCGGGCGUGUACACCGUGGCCAGUUUCAACGAGUACGGUUUGGGUCUGGACAAGUUCGAAUCGUUCAAAAAAAACUGUAGCUUGGCCGUGGCUCAAGAAACGGAAGAGGAAACCGAUGCGGAGAAACAACCGCAGACGCCGGACGAGCAGCCACCGAAAACGCCGGACGAGCAGCAACAAAAUACACCGGACAAGUCGGAAGGUCGAAAAGGCAAAGAAGAAGACUCUCAAAUCAGCAACGCCACCAAACAGUUGUUGACGUCGGUUUGCACGGUCUUCGAUUUUUUGUUUGACGAUAAAUACAAAAACGAUUAUCACGUGUCGCUGGAGAAAGUCAUGCACGUUAAAAAGUUCGAACACGGCGAACGGCCCGUCACCGUCGACGGUUGGAUCACGUCGAACUCGAAAGACAGCAAAAAGGACUCGCGCGCCGUCUGGGUGAACACCGUCAGCUUCUUGUGCCUAAAUCCGGCGGCGGUAUUCCAGGACCUCAAGGUGUCCCUGCGCAGCAUAAUCCUCACGUCGGGCACGCUGUCGCCAAUGGACUCAUUCCAGUCGGAACUGGGCACACAAUUCCCGAUCGCGCUGGAAGCCAACCACGUGAUCAAGGCCGACCAGUGUUGGGUGGGCUCGGUGAGCGCCGGGCCGAACCGGGUCGACCUGAACGGCCAACACCAGAACACCAACACGUACGGGUUCCAAGACGAAAUGGGCCUGGUGUUGAAGAAGGUGUGCGAGACCGUGCCGUUCGGCGUGCUGUGCUUCAUGCCGUCGUACAAUCUCAUGGAGAAGCUGUACGAGCGGUGGCAGCUGACCGGCAUGCUGGGCGAGAUCAACCGCAUAAAGACGGUGCUGUGCGAGCCCCGCCGAGGCGACGAACUCGAACACCUCAUGUACAGGUAUUACAACGCCAUCAAAACGGCCGAACAAGGCAAAAGUCGCGGCGGUCAGACCGGAGCGGUUUUCCUGGCCGUUUACCGAGGCAAGAUAAGCGAGGGGUUGGACUUUUCCGACAACAACGCUAGAGCCGUUGUGGCGGUGGGAAUACCGUUCCCGAAUUACAAGGAGGUGUCGGUACAUCACAAAAAGGAAUACAACAACAAAUAUCACAAGGAAAAAGGACUGUUGGACGGUUGGCAGUGGUACCAGAUUCAGGCGUACCGGGCUCUGAACCAGGCGCUCGGUCGGUGCAUCAGGCACAAAAACGAUUGGGGCGCCAUACUGUUGGUGGACAGUAGAUAUGCCGAGCAAAGACGCACUGCCGGUCUAUCCAAAUGGAUCAGAGGAAGGGUAGAACGUCCGGAUUCUUGGUCUACAGUCCAAGAUAGACUAAGGUUCUUCGUCGAGUCGAGACAAAAUGAAGUUUAAUUUAUGUUGUUAUUAAUUUUUCCCCCCCCCCCUCUACCAUCACCAGAAUACAACGUGUUUUUUUUUUAUUUUUCAUUUUCGUUUGUUAAUUUUUUUACUUUAAUAAAAUAAUGAGUUAUAUUAUGUAUAUAUAAUAACUAGGUACUUAAAAUAUUCUAUGCGAGGCUUGACAAGUCGACUAAUUUUAAUUUCCUCCGAAAAAAAACCGCCUCUAAUUUCAUAAUUGUUAUUUUUAUUAUUGUUUGUAAGCGUCAGUUAUAAUAAUCAGAAUAAAAAAUAAUAUCGAGAUGUUUCAUUUGAAACUAAAUUUGUUCGACUAUUGUAUUAAAAAAGGAAUAUUAAUUAUUG